AAAAUUGAUUGGCAGCACUUUCGUUAUGUGCAUGUGGCUUUUGUCCUUUGAAGAAACGCAGAGUUUUAUGGUUGAGCUGUUUAAGAGAACUAGAGGAAGGCAAACCGAGAGAAAAGAAGAGAAGUGAGGCAGAGAGCAGAGAAGAAAGGGAGAUGCUGCUGUAGGAGAAGAAAUAAAAUUCCAGUUGUUUUCUUCUUCAUUUCGUGCUGCACAAGAGCUUUAUUGUUCUAGAGACACUAUUCUUAUUUGCCUCUCUUUUAUUCUCUCUAGUAUUUGUGAGUGUGAACUUGCCUUCAAAUGGCCAUUUCUGAAGUCACUCCUUUCUUAUUUGCCAUAGGCAUCUAAGUUGUCUAAUUAAUAUGCCCUCUUCCUUAAUUUCGAUAAAUUCCUAUUGGAUUGAAUGCCUCUUCCCUUCCUCCUAAUAUUCUCUCUCACUAUGUCUAGAGGAAGUCUCCUAUUUGCUGCACACAUAGUAGUUCUCGUUCUCCUUGUUCCUCCUUCCUUCUGUUUCCAAACAUCCACCCUGGAAGAUAGUACCCUUUCUUGUGGCAAUAUAUACAUAAGGUCUCCAUUCUGUUUAAAGGAAGACCUUCUAAACUGUGGCGACAACACUUUUGAGCUAUAUUGUGAGGAAAAUGUUACAGUAAUACGCUUGUAUUCGGGAAAGUAUUACGUAAAGGCGAUCAAUUACAGUGACUGGACAAUCCGAGUUGUGGAUGCUGGUGUUCAGAAGAAAGACAACUACUUCUCCAACCCACUUUACUCUUUAACCUCCUACAACCUUAGUGCUCGUGGAGAUCCUUUUUCAUCUAUUUUUUAUAAUAGCGACAAAGAUAUUCUAGAACUCCGACUGUAUAGUCUAGCGAUACGUGAAGUGCCUAUAAUUUUUAUCAGCUGUGCAAAUCCAAUGCAUUCUCCUCGCCUUGUUGAUACAGCUCCGUGCAUCAACAAUUCUGCCAAUUCUUCUUUGUCCAGUACUUUAAGAAUGUUUUCUUAUGUCAUGAUUGGCUUGAAUGGCUCCAUAAGUCCAUUCGAUUUGGGGGAGUCCUGCAAAAUAACAAAAAUGGUUGUGGUGUCACCUUCAACAUCUACAGAUCUGCACCAGAACUUGUCCUGUGAAGGUAUAUAUAAUGAAAUAGCUCGCGGCUUUGAGCUCUCAUGGUUUAACGGUGCAUGUUACUUAAAAUGUGGAAUGGAUAAGGAGAACUGCACGCUCGACAACAUGAGUAAAACCAAGUGCCCUUCAAUAACCAAAGAACAUUUGCACAAGAAGAUCUUACAGUUCAUACGCUCUAUACCAGGCAAAGUAUGGGAGAUCUUACAGUUCAUAUACUAUGCAACAGAAUGGGUAUCCCAGUUAUAUGUAUUUGCGCUCACCAACAAGUGCUACAGUGAUGUCCCCCUUUAUCUGCUUCCAUUAAGCUGUGUAAUCUCUUACCUAGGAAUAUUGCACACAGUCAUAUGCGUGUUUGGCUUUCCCUGUGCAACUGCAUUAAUAAUAUACAAAUGGAAAAGGAGGCACUUGUCAAUGCAUGACAAUAUAGAGGACUUUUUGCAGAACAAUAAGCUCGUGCCAGUAAGGUACUCUUACUCAAACAUAAAAAAGAUGGCCAAAGGCUUCAAGGAAAAAUUGGGUGAAGGAGGCUAUGGCUCUGUAUACAAGGCAAAGCUUCGUAGCGGUCACCUUGUUGCCAUCAAGAUGUUGGGUAAGUCCAAAGCUAAUGGGCAAGACUUCAUCAAUGAAGUUGCAACCAUUGGAAGGAUUCACCAUGUUAACGUGGUGCAACUAAUUGGCUUUUGUGUUGAGGGUUCAAAGCGUGCUCUCGUAUACGAUUUCAUGCCUAAUGGAUCUCUUGAUAAAUACUUAUUUUCUCAACAGGGAGUUAUCUCUUUGAAUUGUGAGAAAAUGUUUGAAAUUGCGCUUGGAGUGGCUCGUGGUAUUGAAUAUCUGCACAGAGGAUGUGAAAUGCAAAUUCUGCACUUUGACAUCAAACCUCAUAACAUUCUUCUUGACGAGAAUUUUCUUCCCAAGGUGUCUGAUUUUGGAUUAGCAAGGCUAUGCCCGCUCGAUAAUAGCAUUGUAUCUUUAACAGCAGCAAGAGGAACUCUCGGAUACAUAGCACCAGAGUUAUUCUAUAAAAAUAUUGGAGGUAUUUCAUACAAAGCUGAUGUCUAUAGUUUUGGAAUGCUGUUGAUGGAAAUGGCUGGCAGAAGAAAGAAUUUAAAUGCAACCAUAGAGAAGUCAAGCCAAAUAUACUUUCCAACAUGGGUUUUUGACCAAUUGAGUGAAGGAAAGGACAUAAAAGUUGGAGACGCCACAGAGGAGGAAGAGAAGAUCAUAAAGAAGAUGAUCAUUGUGGCAUUGUGGUGCAUACAAAUGAAGCCUAGUGACCGUCCUUCUAUGAAUAAAGUAGUUGAGAUGCUUGAAGGAGAAAUUGAGAGCCUUGAAAUGCCUCCAAAGCCUUUUUUGUAUCCACAACAAAUGCCAGAAGUGGUUCCUGGGGACAAUUCAAGUACCACAAGUGCAUCAACAGUUACAAAUUCUACAGAAAUUGUUUUGAUUGCUGAUGCGAAUCAAACAAUGUAAUAUAUAGCAAUCUUGAUGUGCAAGGGAGAUUACGUAAUGAAUAAGCACAAUUAGACAUUUGGAAGGAAAUAAAUUGUAGGAUUUUCAAACGCUUCUUGCCCCCUUGUUGUAACACUCAAAUUGUAGGAUUUUCAGUAAUUGCAAAAUUCUAUUAGGUA